GCUCUCUUCUCCUAGCGGGGCAUACGCGGGGAAGAUCAUCCGAUCUCGCGGUCUACCCCAUGGGGUUCAUUAAAAGGAGCUCCCUCGAUCGCAAGUAGCAUGUCUUUUCGACCAGUCCUGCAGCCGCGCCGUGCCGGCCGGGGCUCUUCAUGCCAAAAUGUCUGUAUCUUCAGAUAAAGUCUCUCGUCCGACGGACCCAGAUGGGUUGGUGGUGGAGGCCUGGGGUCAGGGGAUGAUGGUGGGUUCGCUGUUGGUAAUGGCGGCCAUCACCAUCUCGAAUAUGAAGAAGCACAUAUUGCUGCACAAAUUGAUUCUCGCAGAGCUUCUGCUCGCUAUCCCAAACGGUUUCUUCAUCUUCCCACACGAGCCGACCUACGGCUGGUUCUUGUCGGUCACCGCGAUCGGCCUCAACAUCUCAUGGAGCUUGCAUAACGUGAUCUCAUGGAUGAAAAACCGACCGUUCUUGUCGCGGCGUCUGUCCGCUUUCUAUAUCACGACGGUGCUUCUCGUCCAGCCAUACUGGGUGCUCGAGAUCUAUGCGAACUUCACAUAUUUCAAUAAUAUCAACAAAAUAUUCCUCAAGACAAGGCCUCUGGAGCCUCUGUUUCGGGACCCUUGGUGGAUCUUCACAACAUGGUCUCUCUUCUACACAAUCAAAAGGGAGUAUGGCUUCAGCAUUUACGAGCUAGUCAAAGUUAGUCCUCGAUUCGGUGUCAUGCUAGUCUCGAUGUGUCUCUCAAUCGCCUUCAUCAUCCUCGAUGAGUGCGUUGUUCUCAAUGCAUUUCAUCUGUCUCUUCCUACCGGAAUUGAACCAUUCUGGAAGCUCUCAUUUAUCUUCAAAUGUCUCUGUGACAGUGUCAUACUAGACGAUUUCAAGACCGCGCUCGACCGGAUGCGUAAUUAUUGGCUGGAGAAACGGGUCGGCAUGCAGAACCCGGUGGUCCUGUCGCAUCGAUCGAGAUAUGAUAGAGGCCAUGACCUAGAAGCAUUGCGCCCUCGAACGAAAUCAGAUAGUAUACCCCAAGUAGUCACAGCAGAGGAUAUUCAUCUACGACGAUAAUGAAAAGAAGAAAAAAAUAAUAAUAAUGUAUUAUGAUGUGAUUUGAUGGCCAUGUCACCAUAUCUGCAAUAAUCUCUUGAGAUUCAUUAUUCUUUCUCCUUCCCGCAAGCCUGCUGCCGUAUUUAUUCCACUUAGUCCUGAUAGCUUCGCGCAUAUACAAGAACUGCGGGUUCAGAGACCGGUCAAGAGACACUUCUACGACUGCAAGGGACAGGUUCGAAUGA